AUGAAGGUCGGAUAUCUCCUGGCUGUUGCCUCUGCCGUCGUGGCUAGUCCCAUUGGCUCUAUCGAAGACUACGUCCACAACAUGGAGCGAAGAGGCUCAAUAACGGAAAGGGACUUUGGCAACCUUAAGUUCUACGUUCAGCACGCCGCGGCCGCGUACUGCAACAUGAACAGCAAGGCCGGCGAUCUCAUCAAGUGCAAGGGUAGCUGCCCCGGCAUCGAAGGCGACAAGGCCACCAUCUCAUCCUCCUUCCUCGGCUCUUGGACGGGCAUCGGCGGCUACGUCGCCGUCGACCACGCCCGCCGCGAAAUCGUCCUCGCCCUGCGCGGCAGCAACAACCUCCGCAACUUCAUCACCGACCUCCUCUUCGCGUGGCAGUCGUGCGACCUCGUCAGCGAGUGCAAAGUCCACACCGGCUUCGCCAAGGCCUGGGAGGAGAUCGCCGACGCCGCCACCCGCGGCAUCAACGCCGCCCGCUCCUCCCACCGCGACUACAAGGUCGUCAUCGCCGGCCACUCGCUCGGCGGCGCCGUCGCGACCCUCGCGGGCGCCUACCUGCGCCGCCAGGGCAUCGCCGCCGAUGUCUACACCUUCGGCUCGCCGCGCGUCGGCAACGACCACUUCGCCAACUGGAUGACCAGCCAGCCCGGCGGCCAGUGGCGCGUCACCCACCGCGACGACCCCGUCCCUCGCCUGCCCCCCAUCUUCUUCGGCUACCGCCACAUCUCUCCCGAGUACUGGCUUGCCGGGGGCGCCAUGGACCAGAAUGACUAUCCCAUCAGCGACGUGCGGUUCUGCGACGGCAUUGCCAACACGGGCUGCAAUGGCGGCACCUUUGGCCUCAACAUCAUCUCUCACCUGCAUUACCUUGGGGAGACUGCCGGCUGCGCUCCGUUCCCCAUCAACUGGAAGCGUGACCACCAGGACGUUUCCAACGAGGAACUGGAGCAGCGCCUCAACGAGUGGAGUCAGAAGGACCAGGACUUUGUCAACCACAAUUGA